AUGCACCAAGUAACGAUAGACGCUCAUCCAACGGAACAGGCAAUUGUGGUGCGCUUUGAUCAGUCGUCGGGUUCACCAUCAAACACACUCAAAAAGCGUGCAUCAUCUGCCAACGUGGAAUCACUAGGUUAUCAGAAAGUAAUAAACUUGAAAGAGUUGUCUCCCAAUGUGGACAUUCGCACUCUAUCGAACGUUAUCCUUCAAAUAUGCCUAUUCAUUCCUGCCACGUCACGAAGUCAACUGGAGCAGGUUUUAUAUUUUCUUCAAAAAAGAGGCACCCCGAGAAUGAGUUCUUCGAGAUCUCGAAGUUCAUCAACAGUUUCCUUUGAUCGAAGAUCAAGUCAGGCGGCAGUUUUGAAUGUGGAUUUGGAUAAAGUCGAUGAAUACAUUGAAUGUUUCUAUGGAGAGACAUCAGCGGAGAAAAACAAAGGAGCCGUGGCACUUCACGAGCUCUCGAAAACACCCCAGAAUCUGACUGCACUCGUGAAUAACGGUAUAUCUGUGUGUCAAAGAUGUCCUAAUGUCCAUUUUCCAGAGACUCUCAUGAUGGCACUGGCUCGAGUUUUCAGAGAGGAUUGGAAGAAGCAUUUUGAUGUUGCCACAAAUAUUAUGAAUCUAUUUGUGAAUAUGUCAAAGUUUUCGAUUUUUCAUGGAAUAUUGCUACAUCAUAAGAUCGGUUCCCUAUGUGUCAACGCAAUUGAGCACGAGACUAAACGAUAUGAUUUAUGGAUUGCAGAAAUGAAAAAAGCUGAUCAGGAGACGCAGAGAAAGUUAAAAAAUGCUAUAAGAAAACAAGCAAUGUUGCUAGCAGCCUGUAUCACAAUGCUCACCAACUUGGCAACCGAUAUCAGUGUGGAGUUGAAAAUGGUCAGACGAAAUCUAGUGGUUCUGCUUGUCAAAUGUCUUCAAAUGUCAUCAGACUCUCCGAACCCAUUAACCACUUCUACUGUCAAAUUCCUGCUGAAAUUGAGCAUUUUUGAAGAGAACAAAAUAGUAAUGGAACAAAAUGGAACGAUUGAAAAAUUGCUGAAACUAUUCCCAAUUCAUGAUCUGGAACUUCGAAAAGCCACCAUCCAACUACUCUUUAAUUUCUCGUUUGACCCAAAAAAUGUGCCAAAAAUGGUUAAUGGAGGAUUAGUACCACAUAUGUCAUCACUGAUUGAAAGUGAUAAUAAGGCAUUGAAUAUGUUGUAUUUGUUGAGCUGUAAUGAUGAUGCCAAAGCGAUGUUGGCUUAUACGGAUGCGAUACAGUCGUUGAUGCGUGAUGUGCUCAGUGGAAGAGGAAGUGAAGUGACGAAAGCAGUCCUUCUGAAUAUCUGUCUAGAGAAACGAAAUGCUCAAUUGGUAUGUGGUGCUGGUGGACAGGGCCUAGAUCUUUUGAUAGAAAUGUCAAUGGAGUCAAGAGAUUUGAUGCUGAUCAAAGUGAUAAGAGCCAUUUCUAGUCAUGAUGGACCGACACAGAAUAUGUUUUUGAAAUGGAUCGAUAAACUUUUGGAUGUUGCAAAAAGCGAAGGAACCGAUAAUUCUGAAUCUAAAUCUUCAUUUGGUUUGGAAUGCAUGGGAGCUGUGGCGGAGAUUAAAGUUGCGCCAUGGGCAAAAAUAAUCCAAUCUCAUUCUUUGGUUCCUUGGAUGAAAGAUCAGUUACAAGAAGGAAUCGACGAAUCACAAGAAGUCACUGUACUUCGAGAAAUAAAACCAUUGCAAUUACAAAUUGUAAUCACUUGUGGAACGAUGGCAAGACAACUCGAUGCUGCACGACUUUUGGUUCCACUGAUUGACACUUUUGUGCAUUUGCUUCAAUCUUGCCAAAUUGAUGAUGAGUUUGUCGUUCAGCUACUCUAUGUAUUCUUGCAACUAUUGAAACACAAAGACCUCUCGGCUCGUCUGAUGACCCAAGAUUCAGAACUCGGAGCCCAUAUGAUUGAUUUGAUGCAUGAUGCCAACGCAGCAGUCCGUGAAGUAUGCGACAACGCUCUACUGAUAAUGGGAGAGCACUCGGAAGACUGGGCGAAACGAAUCGCUGGUGAACGGUUUAAAUGGCACAAUGCGCAGUGGCUGGAAAUGGUUGAGCGCGACGAUCAUGAGUUCAACAACUAUGACAACGAAGAUUUCGGAGCGGAUUUCAACUUCGAUAAUUUUGAUGAUGACUUCGAUAUGAAUGAGAAAUUGUUUUAA